AUGCCUUCGAACGGCGACACCACUGGUCGCGCACCGCCGGUUGCGUCCGGUACCGGGAGUUUCAUCGAUGCGUCGGGGUUCAAGUUCUCGGAGAAGGAUACCAAGCCGGGGAAGAUUAAGCUGAAGAAGCCCGGGAAACUUGGGAAGAAGAAGGAAAAAGAACCGCCCGCGUCCCCCGGUUCCUCGCCCAUUCUACCGGAGAUCGAUGAGAAGACGAUGUCUGUUUUCCCCACGGGGAAACCGCGUGAGGAAGACCAUCUGGAGACCGUGGUAUGCAAGACGUGUAAGAGGCCGGUCCUCAAGCAGAAUGCCGCAGAGCAUAUUCGGGGGUGUAUAAGGGCCAAGCAAGAGAAGGCGCGACGAAAGAAAGAAGCGAGAGACGCGGCGAACCGGGCGAAGGCUGGCGAGAAGGAGGGCGAUGAGGAUGGGGCGGGCGGUGAUAAGGGUGGGGAUGGAGAGGAUUCAAUGAAGGCUCAGAAGAGCGCGGCGAAGAAGAGUGCUGUCAAGGGGAUGGCGGAGGAUGGGACCAAGAAGGGGAAGAAGCGCAAGGCUGAGGGCGAGGAUGAUAACAAGGAUAAGGAGCCGAAGAAGAAGAAAAAGAAGGAGGAGCAGAAGCCCAAGGCGCCGAAGCCCAAGGGGCCUGUUGAUGUCGAGAAGCAGUGUGGUGUGCCGUUGCCGAAUGGCGCGCAGUGUGCGAGAUCGUUGACCUGUAAGAGCCAUUCAAUGGGUGCGAAGCGUGCUGUGCCCGGGCGAUCUUUACCAUAUGAUAUGUUGCUUCAGGCAUAUCAGAAGAAGAAUCAGGCACGUCAGCAGAAGGCGGCUAUUGAUGCAAAUGCCCCGCUACAAGAUGACUUGGAGAACAACGGCCCUGUCGACUCGGAUGAAGAGAAGGACGCCGUCAUGGCUGCUAUUGCCCGUUCUCGGCCGCAACCCAUGGUUACGCAUACUUUGAUAUCUACCAGAAAGAAGUACCAAUACGUGCGGAUCAAAGAGAUGCUCUCGCACGCGCUGGGUGGCUCUCGUGGUGGUGGGCUCUUUUCAACCGGCGAUCAACUGAACAGCCCCAUCGAAGGGAAUCUCUUCCAGCCGGUAGAAGAUAUAACUAUGUCGGACGCCCCAGACGAUCUUGGCGGAAACAGCAACACAUUGGCCAUGCCGGAUGUUGCGAGGCAAACCCCAGUACCAGCAGGGUCUUGA